UCACCUGUCCAGCGCUCUAGGCUUUCCAGGCUACUAGAAGAACCAGCACAGCAAAAAAUCAGGGUAGCUUUCUCUUCAGUCUCACUUCAUGAAGCUUGCUACCGUCUCCUCUCUCUAGCCUCUUCCUCCACACACGUAGUACCUUGUGGUAAUGAGAUUGUCUCAUGGCCGUGAGCUCACCUCGCCGAGCACUCCUCGCGGCCGUGCUCCUUAGCUUCCUUCUCGUCGUCGCGACCAGCAUCCGCACUACGACGUUCUCUUCUUCUCAGAACUUGGUGGAGGACAAGUCGCGGCUGGGCUCGACGCCGCCGAGCUGCCACAACCGGUGCAGCGCGUGCAACCCCUGCACGCCCGUCCAGGUGACCACCGUCCCCAGGUCCAGCCGCUCGGCCCGCGUCGCCGACGACGUGGUCACCGGCUUCUCGCGGUACUCCAACUACAAGCCGUUGGGGUGGAAAUGCCGCUGCGACGGCCGCCUCUACGACCCCUAGCGUAAGUGCUAGUCGCUUACCUUCUCGAUGGUGCCGUGGCCGUGGCAAUUCGAAUGAACUCUGCUCCGGCUGAGACCAACACAGCUCUGGUCAGGUUUUGGUUAGCUUAUUUGUUCCCCUAAUUCUUCUUCUUUGCUGUGUCCUUCGUUCUUGCCAUGACGGCUAGCUUCACAAGAAUGAACUCUGUGAGGUUGCAGUAGCACUGUCCGUAGCGAUUUUUUGCUCUCUGUAAGGGUGAUUGGGAGUAAAUUCUGUGUAGUGUACCUACUAAUAGUACUCUUGGUGCUGACAGAUUGAAGGCAGGUCAGGCCUGCAUUGCUGCAUGUGACUCGCCUCUGAGGAAUCUAAUAUCCUGCCUGAAUCCACCGCAAGAUCGCGCCUACUGCACAGUCGCGAUCUGAUUAGCGUCGUUGACGGGCCCCUUCCCUGUAUAAUUGUGCUCGGGUCUGUCUGGAUGAUUGCUUUAUAACCUUUCGUGACGUGCCAACGUGUGAGCAGCAGGGGAUUGGAGGGUGAUCUGAUGAGAUUUUUAAUCUGAUUGUAGACAAGUUAUUAUGAUGAUAUGUUUGCACGGUUCUGAUGGCUUGCCAUGCGUUUGUUCACUGAGGUGUCUUCCUCAUGCUGAGCCGUUCGUAUGGGAGGAUCCCAGUGUGGGGCUCAUGUCGUCAGCCCGGCUCUGGAUCCCAGCAGCGACGGUGCAGGUAACCCUGACAUUUUGUCUCAAAUUAAUUGCUCCAAUGGUAGCCUUGGCUCGCGAUCUGAUGGCAACGCGUAGUUAGACUGAUAUUUUUAAGUUAGCACUGGCGUACAUAUGAUUCUCCACGAGAGUUUUGUAUUUUUUGAGUUCAAAAAAUAAAUAUAAG